CGACAGGUGGCGGGCAUUCGUUUUCUAGUACGAAGGGCGCAAUGGAGGGUGACGGCGAGGGUCAUCGUGCCAUGUUGUCGACGACGGAGAAGACAGCGGUCGCAGCGGCUGCGCUCGCCGUGGUGAUACGCAGCCAAGUCAAGAGGGCAGCAGGGCGCAUGAAGCUGACGCUUUCGAGGCGGCGGCGGAGGCUUCUGGUGAAGAGGGUGGUGGACGCCCCGGACUGCAUUAGCACCUCGGAGGCCAUGGUUCAGCUGUGCGCGGCAAUCGGGUGUGGUGUGCUUCCUCGAGCGACGCCACGUUGGUGGAUGAAGCGGAGAACAGGAGGCACUUGGGAGGAUCUGCGGGUGUGCGAUGACGCGAAUGACGACUACUUUCGGGAAAAGCUCCACAUGUCCAGGCGAGUCACAUUCUACAGGGAGCCGCUGCAGCCAGAACAGAUCGUUGAGUACGCGUUGUACAGGUGGGCUACGGGGGAGACAUACGACAACAGCCUGUCGUCUUUCGGCAUACGAGCUUCUGCACUUCUUCCCGUGCGCGAUGUCACAUCUGCGUUGUUGAGGGUCUACGCAGACAAGAUUUCUUGGCCUACAGGGGUGUGGAAACACGUCGUGCUCCGGGCGUUUUUGGAGAAGGGUUUUUCCAACUAUCACGGCGUUGUCGACUGCACACACAUCUACGUCGACAAACCGGGGAACCCCCCCAGCGAGAACUACUUCGACCACAAACACCAUUUCUCCGUCGUUACGCAGAUCGUGGUCGGCCUGGAUCAGCGCGUUCUGGACGUGUUCGUUGGGUAUCCCAGGAGCUGCCAUGAAAUAAGGGUGAUCCAGUUGUUUAGUCUGUCGCGGCGAGCGGAAGAGGGAACGUUAUUUCCUGGGCCGCCUGUCAUGCUGCUGGGCGGGGUGAGGACAAACGGAUACAUCUCGGGCGACAACGGGUACCCUCCUUCGGAAUGGGUAGUGGUGUCGUACGGCGGAAUCAAUCAGCCUCCCGACGAGGACAGGUUCAACAAGAAGCAGAAGGUCACAAGAGGGGCUGUGGAGAGGGCGUUCCGACGGUUGAAGGGGAUGUGGAGGCUCUUCCUACGGACGCACAAGACCAACCUAGACACUCUGCUGCAGCAGUUCACGGCCGUCUGCAUACUACACAACAUUCUCCUGGAUGUUGGUAUUGAGUUCGACGAGAAUCUGUUACGGGAGGUCGACACGAACGGGGUGCGGCGCCGAGUGGAUCUGGGGAUUCAUCUUCCCCCGCAGCCAGUCAGCAAUUCCACUUCCACGAUCAAGGUGAUCGCGCUCUGGAACGCUCUAGCAGAGAGAAUGAAGCAUGUAAUCCGCGAUACGACCUGGCCAUUUCUCGCGAUGAAAGUACCAUGUUCAUGUCCUGUCCCGCCGUCAUCGAUCCAGAGUGCUCGCUUUGUUGGCUUUCACACACGCGCGGAUGGUAUUAUGUCGUCUAUCGCCAUGUGUUGGACGUUGCUUCCAUCGAGGACGACUUGUUUGGCCGUCCUCGUAAUUGUGGACGACGGCAACGAGGGUGUUUCAUUCGUCGAUCAUCGGGGUGGAUGCUUGUAGUGACGAGGAUUGUUGUUGUUCCUCGCGUUGUAGUCGCGUCUUUUCUUUACUUUGUUCACCAUACCUCUUUUUUCGCCGCGUUUCUGGCGAUUACGGGGCUUGGGGUGGGGGAGUGGAGGCGGUGUGGUGGCGGGUGGCAGUGGUUAGGGCGGUGCACAAGUCUGCCAUGUCAGGUAGGGGAGGUAGGCAGGUUUCAGCCCGGUGUGGUGUUUAUGUUCACGUGCUUAAAAAAUUUUGGUUGCUCUGCACGAGCGCUUCUCAAAG